CGGGGCCUAUGGGUGAUCUUGAGCCCGUCCGCAUGACAUUAGCGCGUUUUGAUGAAAUUCUAUGUGAUCAAGGGAAAUUGCUGUCUAGAAAAGGGCGAGAUUACGUGGGAAACGAUAUAAGGCCGUUCAUUAGGAAGCAGUCUUCACCUUCACUAAAUGGUGAGGUUAUUGAUUUUGACGAAGACAGCACAAGAAGUCAGAUUAACUCCCUUAAAGGACGAUUACAAAGAAUAGCCCCGUCUUCGUCGUUCGAAAAAUCACUUGCUGCUGUUGCGGCGGACCGUCAUUUGGCUCAACCUUUUGUGAAGAGCAAUAGUAAACCACUUCCGAAAUUGAAAAAGCUCCGGCCACCACCAUCAGCUCAGCCGGCUUUCGGUUCUAGCGAAGCCGCGAACAACCCCCAGGACGAAGCACACGGUUCGGCAGUGCAAGCAAGCACCAAAGUUGCCGUUGAUUAUUGUGCCUGCUUAAGUCCUGUUGUGGGCAUGACAAGGGUGCGAAAAAAAGGUCCGUUGACAGGGGCGAGCACAGCAAAAAAGAUGGCGCCAUCAAUGAGCCUGAGCGGUAGACCGCCUAUACAACGUCUCCCAGCGGGGCAACGAGUUAAUAAUGCAGCCCUCUCGGGUGACCUUGCGUCCGUGGAUGAGUUUGGACCGACAGAUAUUAGCACCAACCCUUUUCUAGCUGACGAUAACUACGAAGUUCAAGACUCAGAUUUGAGCCCAGAAUUGCAGGAUGACGAAUUCGGCUUCGGCGGAGAAGGGCUGUCGUAUGGUACCAUUGACAUCAAAGAAUGUGUACUAACGGAAUGAUAUGUAGGAACUGCUAGAGGACUGAUUAUCUCACGAGUUGACAAUGACACGUUGUUAUGAUAUAGAAAAGAUAAAGUCUCGAACAAUCAGGUGAUCAAUUCUCGGGAUUUAAAGACAACCUAGCGGGUGGAGACGGUGCACCAAUUAUGUCAGGAAAUUUUUUUAGCAAUCCGAGCGAUCAUGUCUAUGGGGGUGGCUAGUUGAAGGCCUUGGAACUGUAACACGUUGAAGAUGAUAAUCAGACUUUCUAAAACGAAAGCAAGUACUAGCUCACGCGAGCCAGAAAUACUAAAAUGUUUGAAAGGGUGCUCAAGGAGAGAGAGGAGUAAAAUAUAUUUAAAUAGUUCGACCUACAAUCUAAUCCAAUCAUCAUCGUAUUUAGAUAGUUAAUCACCGACGAGCAGCCCCCCCAUGUUGUUCUACUAAGUCGCGUGGUUUUAUUCAGAUUCAUCUCACAUUUGGUUCACGAUGCGUAUUGUCGUGUUAGCUUUCAUUUUUUAUACGGGCGCGGAAUAUUCUUCGUUUUCUGGUGGUGCAGAUCACGGAUACCCUGCGGGAAUGGAGGAACCAGUAGCGAGCCCUGCGCCCGUGCUGAGUCAGCGGACAGGAGUCCCCGCAAAGCCCAGACCGAUGCUGCCACCACCUCGCGCAAGGUCACGAGGACGAGCGCCCGGUGGCGGUCCCCGAUUCGGGCAUUGCAGUUUGCAUAAUAAGCAACGGCUAGCUUCGCACCUCCUGAAAACGACGGACGGGUUCUACGUGUGCCUCGCAGACUACCAAUGCAAGGGCUCUGGCGGUAUGAGCGCUUCGGAUAACCUUCACGUGGAGCCAGAGUACCGAUCCUCGAAAAGCAGGGCUAGACCAGACUAUUGGGGUGACAACGAUGAAAGGUCUUUGUCAUCUUUUGCCAUUCUGCUUACGUUGUUGAGUCGUGUCGUAGUACUAAUUCCAGGACGCUUUUGUGGCGUAACUUUAAACUUCCAAUUCAGUUUACAUACGAGUCUUGUUUGCGGAUGAACUACAUGUGUUUAGUACUCGUUCAAAGCAAGAAUUACAUUUUGAUUCCAACCUUGUUUCUUAGUGCGAUUUGCGCGUUUCAUGGAAAAAGAAGGAUGCUGAAUUACCUUGAAAGAGACCGCCAAGGGCAAUAUGUCUGCCGUGCAGGAUACGAAUGUAAAGGCGGCGCUUCUGGCGCGGGUCGAAGCGCAGCAGGACCACUCCUGGGAAACGACAUUGGCGUGCGAUCCGCAGCAGGUUCAUCUGUGGGAGGAAAUACAGCGAGCGAUAGUAGGGGCUUGUUCUCAACAUUUGUCAACCCGCCGCCAGACGAACAGCUAGGUCCGAAUCAAAUCGUGUGCAACCCUGCUGCUACGCCGAUGAUGCGCGACGAAGUUAAUACUACUCGUGGUCAAAGCCGUGUGCGAGAACGGAGUCCGCGCCGAGAGGGCCUACUUUUUGGUUCCAAUCUCAAAUCCAUGAGCAGAGGUAGAAUUGUAACUAGUAUACAGCCUGAACAGAGCGGAAAUACCAGGGAUCGAAAAGGCGCUGGUGCUAAAAAGGCUAAGAUACCCUGUGGGGCGUCGGCGGUCUGUGCAAUACACGGCAAAACACGAGGGGUCAAAUUCCUGGAGCUAGCAGGGACCGACUACAUUUGCAAGGAAGGAUACAUUUGCAAGAUGUAAUCAGGAGACAUGCUGCUGCCGCAGGUGACAAUCAGCAUCCAGAGUUCACCUGCUGUUUGACAAUGCAAGUUCAUCUUUCAGAAGAAUAUUAGUUUUGUCAUAUGGCGCUGUGGCUGACGACAAUAACAAAUGAUCCAGUAAUAUCUCAAUAAUUCAAGAUGAAGGAGUAGUUACUGUCUACUCCAAGAGUUACAGCACAAAUCUUUAUGAGCCACCGCGCAUGAAAACCAUUCCACGAGCGUCCCUGUCUGUGAACUUUGCGUCCUCAAAAAUUGUACCCAAAACAUCACAAAACUGGACCCGCUCCCGUCCGAAAACUGUUUCAUUCGCUGUUUGAGUUUUUGACGUUGACUUGGUGCCCUUGAGUCAGUGUCGUAUCACGGCAAACAUAAUUGAUCGUGUGUUGUCAGUAAUGGUCCGUUGUGAAACGAGAAAUCAGAGUACUUAGCUACCUUGCAGUCCAUUCUGUGACGAAUGCACGUCGUGUGCUUUGCCUAUGUAAG